AUGCACUCACACUGCCCGCUCGAAGUCGUCGCUCCCUUUAUCGCGCUGCUGUUGGCGUUCUGCUGCGCACCGGGUGCCCUCUCGGCGGCGUUGACACCGACCCCAUCGCCGUCACUGGUCCAGCCGGCGGCCACCACCGCCGCCGAGUGCCUCGAGCAGCCGUUCGGUGCCCUGUCAGGCGCGUUAAGCAUCGGCCAGGGCCAGUCGGGGGUGCCGAGCAUCAUCUUCACGCUGGGCUCGUCGGCCGAACUCUACGCCACUGACGUGUGGGGCACGACCGAGACGCCGCUCUCGCUGCGCACCAACCCCGUGGCCCACAUGGCCGCCUCCAACGCGCAGCUUCAGGGCGCCGCCUACAGCGGGGGCAGGCUCUACCUGGUGUUCGCUCGCAACAACGGCCUCGGCCAGUCCAGCGUCUUGGAGAUUAAUCAGCCCUGGGGCGGCUCCCCAUCCUUCAAGUUCCACCCUCUGGGGUCGGUGCGAGUGUACGACGUGGUGACUAGCUCCAAGGCGCUCUACUUGCUCACCCAACCCAAGACGGUCGACUGGGAGACGCACCUGCUGCGCUUUGAUCUCGCCCGCGGCAGCUACGAAGGCGUACGCCUGCCCUUUUCUGGCGGCAAGGUGGCGAUCACGUCGGACGAGGGCUACGUUCUGGCGGCCGGACCCAGCCGCAACGCGACACAGUGCGGCUCCACUAACAAUGCCGGUUGCACGCUGACCUUCACCCUCGACUCGGUCUACCUCCGCCAGCUCGCCAGCGAUGUCACCUUGAACAGCGGCGGGUGCGAGGUUCACGCGCUGGCGGCCAACCCCUCAAGCCAGCUCUACAUGUCGAGCUCAGGCGGAGCCUACUGCGACGCCGCCCGCUUCACUGGCACACUCAGUGACACCAAGUGGGUGUUUAACUCAGACGUGGAGGACUUCUCUAGAACCUCAACGUGGGCUGUGCCGGCCUUUAACUUCUGGGACGGCUUUGUGGUGGGCCUUGGCGGGCUGGUCAGCACCACGGACACUGGAUUGGAGUUCAUCCUCCAGACCGAGCAGCAGGUGAACUUCGGCGCUCCCAUGCUAGUGACCGACGCCUUGCUGGGCAAAUGCCUCGUCUUCCCCGCGACGGCUUGCCAAGACGGCAACCUCUCGCUCUACACGUUCACCCUCAACCAGUUCACCGGUGCAGCCACCGCCAGCCCCAUCACCAGCCAGCAGUGA